UGCAAGUGACAGACCGAGGCUGUCAGGAGGAAGCGCCAACAACAGAUGAGAGGAAACCACAGAGUCCGCUUCACAGCACAUACACAUAUUUUUAUUUUCUUUUUUUACAGGCAGCACCGGAGAGCCCAAAAAUAACGAUUAGGCGCGCUCGCAGAGGAGCUGACCGAAAGGUUCAAUUCGUCCACGUUCUUGUAUCCCGGGAAGCCCUCCUCCCGCCCCCGCCGACCCACAAAGUAAACAAUUCUCUGGCAGAUGGAGAAACAGGCCGGAGCUGCCGGGGCUGCGGAUGGAGCAGGCCCGAACAGAAAGCCCUGGGGUUCGCCGACCAGCGGACCAGCCGCCGGGGAACCCCUGGACAGUCCGACAGGUUCACAUGUAGAGUGGUGUAAGCAACUGAUAGCCGCCACCAUCUCCAGUCAGAUCUCAGGAUCGGUUCCACCUGACAUUGGUAACAGGGACAUCAAGGCCGGGAGAAGACCAGAUUUCCUGCAAGAUUCACAGGAUGAAAUGCAUUGUUACCAUGGAGAGGGUGAUUCUGAGCAUCCUUCCAAUGCUUCGAACCUUCCAGCUCUGCGAUACGGGGCGCAGGUCAGAAUGGCCCAGAACCAGGUUCCUCUGCUGCCGGGAGAGACCAUCCAGACUACAGUCGAGGACGUGAUGUACAUCUGUCCAUUCAGCGGUCUGGUCAACGGAACCCUGACCAUCACGGACUACAAGCUGUACUUCACCAGUGUGGAGAGGGAGUGUCCGUUCAUCCUCGACGUGAACCUGGGAGUCAUCAGCAGGCUGGAGACCAUCAGCGUGUCCAACCAGGGAGAGAACACCAAAGGGCUGGAGCUGGUCUGCAAGGACAUGAGGAGUCCCAGGUUUGCCUAUAAGACGGAGAAAAGCCAUCUGGAUGUGGUUGAAGUGCUGGCCAAACAUGCGUUCCCCCUCUCCCACAGCCUGCCCCUGUUUGCCUUCCUGUACAAGGAGCAGUUUCCUGUGGAUGGCUGGAAGGUGUACGACCCGGUGGCGGAGUACAGACGUCAGGGCCUCCCUAAUGAGAGCUGGACCAUCAGUAAGAUGAACAGCACCUACGAGCUGUGCGACACCUACCCCUCCAUCCUGGUCAUCCCCACCAACAUAACGGACGAGGACAUCAAACGAGUGGCCGUGUUCAGAGCCAAGCACCGCAUCCCGGUCUUGUCCUGGAUUCACCCGGAGUCCCAGGCCACCAUCGUGCGCUGCAGCCAGCCGUUGGUCGGACCCUCGGACCGCCGCUGUAAAGAGGAUGAGCGCUUCCUCCAGAUCAUCAUGGACGCCAACGCGCAGUCCCACAAGCUCACCAUCUUCGACGCCCGGCAGAGCAGUGUGGCGGUCACCAACAAGGCAAAGGACGGAGGGUUUGAAAGUGAGAGCUUCUACCCGAACGUCGAGCUGAACUUCCUGGAGAUCCCCAACAUCCACGUGAUGAGGGAGUCCCUGAGGAAGAUGAAGGACGUGGUUUACCCCACCAUAGAUGAAGCCCACUGGCACUCGGCCAUCGACCUGACACACUGGCUGGAGUACAUACGGCUGUUGUUGGCAGGAGCGGCAAAGAUAGCCGACAAGCUGGAGUCCGGGAAGACGUCGGUGGUGGUGCACUGCAGCGACGGCUGGGACCGAACGGCUCAGCUCACCUCUCUGGCCAUGCUGAUGCUGGACAGCCACUACCGCACGCUCAGAGGCUUCCAGGUCCUGGUGGAGAAGGAGUGGAUUAGUUUCGGUCACAAGUUUGCGGCGCGCGUGGGUCACGGUGACGAGAACCACGCCAACUCCGAGCGCUCGCCCCUCUUCGUCCAGUUCAUCGACUGCGUCUGGCAGAUGACUCGACAGUUCCCGGCGGCCUUUGAGUUCAACGAGCUGUUCCUCAUCACGGUGCUGGACCACCUCUACAGCUGUCUGUUUGGUACAUUCCUCUAUAACAGCGAGCAGGAGAGGACAGCCAAGGAGGUGCAAACUAAGACCAUGUCCCUGUGGUCCUACAUUAACAGCCAGCCGGAGGACUUCACCAACCCCUUCUAUGUGGACUACGAGCACCAUGUUCUGUAUCCACUGGUUUCCUCCAGACACCUGGAGCUGUGGAGCAGCUACUACGCCCGCUGGAACCCCCGGAUGAGGCCACAGGUGCCGGUGCACCAGACCCUGAAGGAGCUGCUGAUCCUCAGAGCCGAGCUUCAGAGGAGGGUGGAGGAGCUGCAGAGGGAGGCCUCCGCCCACUCCCUGUCGUCGUCCUCCGAACACUCCCCCUCCCCCUCGCACACCGCUGGAACGCCGCUGCACUCCGCCGUCUGAGGCCACGUUCAGACCGAUUUCAGCACAGGGUCGCAUUUUGGGGUUGCGGGAGGACACAACUGGGUUAUAGAGAACCAUCGUUUUGGUCUGCGAGCUCUGCAAAAAAAUCUUUUUAAAAAUAGCGCCCGGUAUCCAACUCCCGGCUCUCCCCCGAGAGAGGCUUUGUGCGUUACGACGAGUUUUUAUUUCUCCUCCUCUGCUGGCGCAGUCUUCUAGCAGCAUGAUGUCGACUGAGGCAUCGGGCAGCGUAAUAGAAACUCAGAGUAAUUCGGCAGACCUCUGAAUGUUUGUGUCCUGUGACAGCAUCUGUUUCACGUCAGCCACCACGAAAAACUGUCAUUAUGCGUUUUAUACCAGUCGGUUAUAUUUGUGCGCCCUUUUAAUACCUCUGUCCGACUGCAGGCAUGUGAUUGGCCGCCACAGCGUGACGUUUUGUUUCCCAAAAGGUGUUUUUAACUGUUCACCGUCGGGGCUGCUGAAUUGUUUUUUUUUUUUGUUUUUUUUUGUCCGCCUCCAUUGAAGCCUGCAGCCCGAGCACAUUACCCGCACACUUAAGAAAAUGAAACCACCGGCGUUAUCGCUGCAACGCCUGAUGUUGUUUAAAUGAGGCCAGACACACACACCUUCACGCACACACGCACAGUUUAAUGCAUGUUUUAUCCAGCUACUGAGGAUUAACACUGUUUUCAUACGUGAGGGAAGCUUCAGAAGACAUUCCGAAAUUCAAAUUCUCUCAAGGAGUCGGUAAGAGUGUAAGAAAGUGUCCAUAGAUGGUAUGGAAAACCCGCCCAAAGCUAUCCUCAGUGACCCGACUGAACCUUCCUGUUAUUAUUAUGUGUAUUGUUUACGCAGCCUGGAGUGUGUGUAUCUUAUGACUCAGUCUCUGAGGUCAUGACCUCACUCUGACUGGACCAUCGGCUCCACAGAGUUGCUCCCGGUUUUUGUCUGCCAUGUUUUUUAAUUGUCGUAUGAAGAAUUGCUCCUCUUUGUCUCAGGGCUGCGUCAUUCACGUGACUCCAGUGACGUGUUUCAGAAGUUACCUGCGGCGUAUGUACGCGACUGCGCGCUGCCUCAGAGUUUCUUUAAAGCCUCUGCAGCUGCGGCCGGAGGCUUUACGUUUCCAGGCUGUCCAUCCAGAGGGCCCAUUUCACGUCCCUGUUUCCUCAGUAAGGUACAAAUGUUCACUCGGAUCCGAGGAUGAAGUGAUUGGAUUUUGGAGGUCAAAGGUUAACGUCGUUGCGACCUCAUGGUGCCACCUUGACUUGGUGCGCGGAGGCAUAUAACCUCGACGGUCCUCUUCAUCGAGAUUAGAAACGAUGCUACGAGCUGUGCCAUAGUUCUCUCCAAAUCAAUUCACUUAACCUUAAUAUUAUUACAUUCAGAGUAAUGAAGAGAAUGUGCGCAUGCCAAUCCUUACCUGAACACUGCCUUACUCUGCGUAUGUUCCUUUGUUUGUGUGUAUAUAUAUAUAUAUAUA